AUGACUAUUCUCCCCAAAAAGAAACCGCCGCCUCCCGACGCCGACCCCACCAACGAGCCGCCGCCGCCGCCCGGGCCGCUGCCCCCGGCGCCUCGCCGCGGCGGGGGUGUAGGCGUGGGCGGCGGCGAUCGCGACCGUGACUCGGACGUCGUUGGCGCCGGUCCUCGAGCCUCGCCACCGCCUCAGGGCCCGCUCCCGGGGCCACCGGGUGCCCUCCAUCGCUGGGCGCUGGCCGUGCCGCCCGGCGCCGUGGCAGGCCCCCGGCCACAGCAGGCCUCUCCUCCUCCUUGCGGGGGCCCCGGCGGUCCCGGGGACGCGUUGGGUGCCACGGCAACGGGCGUGGGCGUGGCGGUGGGCGUGGGCAGUGCCGUGGACGUGGGCGGCGGCUGCUCUGGGCCGGGUCACAGCAAGCGGCGGCGUCAAGCCCCCGGGGUCGGCGCGGUUGGCGGGGCGAGUCCUGAGCGUGAGGAGGUCGGCGCCGGUUACAACAGUGAGGAUGAGUAUGAAGCGGCUGCGGCGCUCGUAGAGGCCAUGGACCCCGCCACCGUCGAGCAGCAAGAGCACUGGUUUGAAAAGGCCCUGCGAGACAAGAAGGGCUUCAUCAUCAAGCAGAUGAAGGAGGACGGCGCCUGCCUCUUCCGGGCUGUGGCUGACCAGGUGUACGGAGACCAGGACAUGCACGAGGUUGUGCGAAGGCACUGCAUGGACUAUCUGAUGAAGAAUGCCGACUACUUCUCUAACUAUGUCACAGAGGACUUUACCAUCUACAUCCACCGGAAGCGGAAAAACAACUGCCAUGGCAACCACGUCGAGAUGCAGGCCAUGGCAGAGAUGUACAACCGGCCCGUGGAGGUGUACCAGUACAGCACAGAACCCAUCAACACAUUCCAUGGGAUCCAUCAAAAUGAGGACGCACCCAUCCGUGUCAGCUACCAUCGGAAUAUCCACUACAAUUCAGUGGUGAAUCCUAACAAGGCCACCAUUGGCGUGGGGCUGGGGCUGCCGUCAUUCAAGCCGGGCUCUGCAGAGCAGUCCCUGAUGAAGAAGGCCAUCAAAACCUCGGAGGAGUCGUGGAUUGAACAGCAGAUGCUGGAGGACAAGAAGCGGGCCACAGACUGGGAGGCCACAGAGGAGGCCAUUGAGGAGCAAGUGGCUCGGGAGUCCUACCUGCAGUGGCUGAGCGAUCAGCGGAGACGGGCUCGCCAAGCCCGCGGCCCCAGCCAGCCCCGGAAGGCCAGCGCCACGUGCAGCUCUGCCACGGCAGCAGCCUCCAGUGGUCUGGAGGAGUGGACCAGCCGGUCCCCAAGGCAGCGGAGUUCAGCCUCGUCACCCGAGCACCCUGAGCUGCAUGCCGAGCUGGCCCUCGAGCCCCCUUCCCCAGGCACUGUCUUAGCUCUUGCCAAACCUCCUUCACCCUGUGCACCAGGUACAAGCAGCCAGUUCUCGACAGGGGCCGACCGGGCUACUUCUCCCCUCGUGUCCCUCUACCCUGCUCUGGAGUGCCGGGCCCUCAUUCAGCAGAUGUCCCCCUCUGCCUUUGGCCUGAACGACUGGGAUGACGAUGAGAUCCUAGCGUCGGUGCUGGCAGUGUCCCAACAGGAAUACCUAGACAGUAUGAAGAAAAACAAAGUGCACCGAGACCCACCCCCAGACAAGAGUUGAUGGAGACCCAGAGACUGGAGACCAUCUCCCAACCCCCACACUCCUGCCCUCUGGUGCCACCCCACCUUCUUUGGCUUUCUUCCCUCUUGCCGUCUUCCUUCUUCCCCCCUCCCCUCCUUUCACUCCUCCCCACUUCCCUCUGGCUAGCCCACCCCUGUGCGCCCUCUCAUCGCUGCCACCACCAUCAUCACCUGCCUCUUCGCCAGCUGACGUGCCCUGUUGCCCCCUGCACAGCACCAUCCCUCCAUCCCACAGGGGACUCGGGCAAGGGCGCUGAAGGUAGGCGAGAGGCACACAGAGACAAACCAACUGGCAGCCAGGCAGCCCCUGAGGAGAGACAUUCAGACAGAGGAAAGUCUCCCUGUCCCCGAUUCCUUCCAAGAUCAGAAACUUGUCACCCCGCCACAAAUGAUGCUGGGGAGGC